GGGCUUUACAAUUUCGCUCUCUUUUGCUUGACACGGAAGAGUACGAGAAGGCGGCAUUGAUCAGGCUGACAGGCAGACUUUCACCUAUCUACAUUAUACUUCCUUGGCCAUUGUUUAAGAAAGCCUUGCUGUCAAAAUGGCUGAAGCACGCAUGUCUGAUCGGGAGCUGUUUGAGCUUAACUCAAAAGCAGCUGUGCAAAAUUACGACGUUGAGCCUAGAUUGGAUUAUCGUACUGUUUCUGCCAUUAAUGGUCCUUUGGUCAUCUUGGAUAAUGUCAAAUUCCCUUCAUACAACGAAAUCGUUUCUCUAACUUUGCCUGAUGGCUCACAACGUGGAGGUCAAGUGUUGGAAGUUUCGGGAAAUAAAGCUGUCGUACAAGUGUUCGAAGGUACUUCAGGUAUCGAUGUUCGGGAUACACACAUCGAAUUCACAGGUUCAAGUAUGAAAUUGCCCGUCAGUGAAGACAUGUUGGGUCGUAUCUUCAACGGAUCCGGUAAGCCAAUCGAUAAAGGACCUAAAGUGUUUGCUGAAGAUUACCUGGAUAUCAAUGGAUCUCCCAUCAACCCAUACGCACGUGUCUAUCCUGAAGAAAUGAUUCAAACUGGUAUUAGUACAAUCGAUACAAUGAACAGUAUCGCUCGUGGUCAAAAGAUUCCUAUCUUCAGUGCUGCCGGUUUACCCCACAACGAAAUCGCUGCUCAAAUUUGUCGUCAAGCAGGUUUGGUCAAAAAGGGCGAUCAAGACGGUGCACACGGAUCUAAGCCAAGCAAAGGUAUUCACGAUGAUCACGAAGACAAUUUCAGCAUCGUGUUUGCUGCUAUGGGUGUGAAUAUUGCAACAGCAAGAUUCUUCCGACAAGAUUUCGAAGAGAACGGAAGUUUGGACAGAGUUACUCUUUUCCUCAAUUUGGCAAACGAUCCUACUAUCGAACGUAUUAUCACACCUCGUCUUGCACUUACGACUGCAGAAUACUUUGCUUAUCAAUUGGAGAAGCAUGUGUUGGUCGUUCUGACAGAUAUGACAUCUUAUGCUGAUGCUCUUCGUGAGGUUUCCGCUGCUCGUGAAGAAGUUCCAGGUAGACGUGGUUACCCUGGUUACAUGUACACAGAUUUGUCAACCAUUUACGAACGUGCAGGACGUGUGCAAGGCCGUAAUGGAUCGAUUACUCAAAUUCCUAUUUUGACUAUGCCUAACGAUGAUAUGACCCACCCAAUUCCCGAUUUGACAGGAUACAUUACCGAAGGACAAAUUUAUAUCGAUCGUCAAUUACACAACCGUCAAAUUUACCCACCCAUUCAAGUUUUGGGAUCUUUGAGUCGAUUGAUGAAGAGUGCUAUCGGAGAAGGGAUGACACGUAAGGAUCACGGUGAUGCAUCUAAUUCGUUAUAUGCAUUAUAUGCUACAGGACGUGAUUGUGCAAGUAUGAAAGCAGUCGUUGGUGAGGACGCAUUGAGUGCAGAAGAUAAAUUGAGUCUGGAAUUCUUGGACGCAUUUGAAAAGAGAUUCAUUGCUCAAGGAAGGUACGAGAACCGAACGAUCGUUGAAUCACUUGAUAUCGCCUGGACAUUGAUGAGAAUGUUGCCCAAAGAGAUGUUGACACGUGUUAAUCCCAAGAUUUUGAAGGAAUUCUAUGGUCGUCGUGCACAAGGAAGUUUGAAAAAGGCAGCGGAAGAGGCUGAUCAGGGUGCUAAAGUGGACGCAAACAAGAAGAAGGAUAAAGGAACCCGUGAUGGUGAUUCCAAGUUGGUUGAUGAUGAGUAGUUAACAGCAUUCAUUAUUUCUUUUUAUCCUUGGUUUCCUCCAUUCUCAUUCAUCAGUGUUGGUCGGCAUUAAUUAUUUCAUAUAUCUCAUGAGCAAUCAAUAAACGAUCUUAGAAAUAGCAGAG